AUGUCUGUGUCGGAGAUUAUGUUCCAGAAUGACGAUGAUAGAAUGGAAGCCGAUAAGGAAAUAGAAAUGGAGGACGGAUUUGAUGAGCAAGAGCUGAUCAACAUGUCGCCGUCGUCCACUACUGCUCAUUCUUAUGUUGACGAGAAGUCUCUUCAGGCAAUGGCUGCCAAGUUGAAUGCUUUGAAUGUUCACGGUGGCGGUAAUGGAUCCAGUACUGCUGGUAGUGUUAAUACAGGGUUUGGUGGUUCGUUAGAUGGAUCGGGAUCUCCGGGUUCUUUUCAUGGAAUCGGGUCGCCUCAUGAGUCGCUGCACUCGUCACCAGCUAAAUCGCGUAUUGCCAGUUCCAAUACUUUGAAGAGCUUGGUCGACCCGUCUCUAUCGCCCAAAUCCAGUCAUUCCACAACCGCACAUGCCGCUGCUGCAAUUGCUGCCCCUCAUCCAUCGUUGGACAUGGCUAGCCAGUCACCUCACACCUAUGGCUCAUUCCAGAAACAAUAUGCUCAAGGAACGUUCCACCAGGAAGGUCACAAAGAAGACCCAGAUGUAUUCAGAGAGCUCAAUACUAUGUACUCCAAGGUUCAAUCUUGUAUUGACACGCGGCACAAGUACCAGUCCAUCUCGCUUCAGCGAGAAUCGGAUAACCCGAAGAACUCAUCUGAGUGGGAAAUCUACCCUCCUCCUCCCAAACCAUCGUGGAAACCUCAAACUAAAGAGUUUGCUGCUACAGUGUUUGAAGAAGAUGAGAAUGAAAGAGCCAAUGAGAAUGACGGAGUCGAAGACGGCGAGGCAGAUGACCAUGUUAACGAACAUGUAACCAAUGGUACCAAUCCUCCCUCUCGACGACCGCGAUUAUCGAGAAUUGGCUCAAAACUAGAAGUUGGCGAUGAUUUCGACAUGGCUAAUUGUCCUAUUCCUACUCCCUCUGAAUACAUCUUUGCUGCUGAUGAUGACUCUGUAUUCCAAGUGUACGAAUCACAAGAGGCCCUUGACCAGGGUCUUCCAAUUGUAGACGUCCCUACUCUUAGAGAUUAUUACAUGGAUAUGGACAGGAUUAUUUCCAUUAGUAGUGAUGGUCCAGUGAAGAGUUUUGCGUUCCGCAGAUUGCAAUAUUUGGAAGCGAAAUGGAACUUGUAUUCUUUGCUAAAUGAAUAUCAAGAGACAGCUGACUCCAAGAAGACCCCUCAUAGAGAUUUCUACAAUGUGCGUAAAGUAGACACUCACGUACACCACUCGGCCUGUAUGAAUCAGAAGCAUCUUCUCCGUUUCAUCAAGUAUAAAAUGAAGAAGUUCCCUAAUGAAGUGGUUAUUUACCGUGACAACAAACUGUUGACACUGACCCAAGUGUUCGACUCUCUUGGUUUGACUGCCUAUGAUUUGAGUAUUGAUACGUUAGAUAUGCAUGCUCAUAAGGAUUCGUUCCACCGAUUUGACAAGUUCAAUCUGAAAUAUAACCCAAUUGGUGAGUCCAGAUUGCGUGAGAUUUUCCUCAAAACAGACAACUACAUCAAGGGCCGCUACUUGGCGGAAAUCACAAAGGAAGUUGUCGAGGAUCUUGAGCAGAGCAAGUACCAGAUGGCCGAAUACCGUAUUUCCAUUUAUGGAAGAGAUCCAAAUGAAUGGUCUAAACUUGCUGCCUGGGUUAUUGACAACAAGCUACUGUCCCACAACGUCAGAUGGCUCAUUCAAAUUCCUCGUCUGUAUAAUAUCUACAAAGAGGGAGGCAUUGUCAAGAACUUCAAUGAUGUGGUUGAGAAUGUGUUUAAACCUCUUUUCGAGGUCACCAAGGACCCCAGUAAAGAUCCUAAGCUGCACGUCUUCCUUCAAAGAGUUAUUGGCUUCGACUCUGUAGACGAUGAGUCGAAGGUUGACCGCAGAUUCCACAAGAAAUAUCCCACUCCCAAGUACUGGGAUAAUGCUCAGAACCCUCCCUACUCCUAUUAUUUAUACUAUUUAUACGCCAAUAUGUCAUCACUCAAUGCUUGGAGAAAGAAAUUGGGUUACAAUACUUUUGUGCUUCGUCCUCACGCUGGAGAAGCUGGUGAUCCUGAGCACCUGGUUGCUGCGUUCCUCACUUCACACAGUAUCUCCCACGGUAUCUUGCUUCGUAAGGUGCCCUUCAUUCAGUAUCUGUACUACCUGGAUCAAAUUGGUAUUGCCAUGUCUCCUCUCAGUAACAACGCUCUUUUCUUGAAUUAUGACAAGAACCCCUUCCAUUCUUACUUCAAGCGUGGACUCAAUGUGUCUCUCUCCACUGAUGACCCACUUCAAUUCUCCUACACACGAGAACCUCUUAUCGAAGAGUACUCUGUUGCUGCCCAAAUCUACAAACUAUCCAAUGUUGACAUGUGUGAACUGGCACGCAAUUCGGUUAUCCAGUCUGGAUUCGAGGCGGCUCUCAAGAAGCACUGGAUUGGCAAGACCUACACUCUCCGUGGUCCGAAGGGUAAUGUCAUGGAGAAAACCAACGUUCCCAACGUGCGUCUUGCCUAUCGUGAAGAAACCUUCCUCCACGAAGUCGGUCUCAUCGAAAGGUACACUGGCAUUUCUAGCUGUCUCCGUAACGAGAGAUAA